AUGGACCACAUAAUACAACUGGAAACUGAUAUUGUAACCAGCUUUAGCAAGAAGAAAUCAACGGUAGCAGUAUUCCUUGACAUCGAGAAAGCAUACGACUCGAUUUGGAUACAAGGACUCCUAUUUAAAAUGGCAAGCAUGGGCAUCACAGGCGCCAUCCUGGCAUGGCUCAAAAACUUUGUGACAGGAAGAAGCAUGUGCGUGAGGAUCGGAGACCAAGAGUCCAGCCACAAAACCAUCUCUAACGGGGUACCCCAAGGAGCGGUUAUAAGCCCCAUACUAUUCAACAUUAUGAUGUCAGAUUUCCCAAUGCAACAACAAACAAAAACGCUAUUAUUUGCCGACGACGUUACAAUAUACACUCAAGUAAACCAACCCGAAGACGCUGAAACAACACUGCAACCGGCGCUCGACAAAAUAUAUCGAUGGGGAUCAAAAUGGAACUUCAAAUUUGCUCCCGCAAAAUCGGCUACGGUGGUAUUUACAAGGGCGUACAAACCAGGAGCAGACCCCCUUCUAUUCUUAAAUGGACACCGGAUAAUGACUAGAAGCUCCCACAAGUUCUUGGGAGUGUGGUUUGACCAAAAACUGCUUUGGAAGGAACAUAUAGCGCAUGUAUACCAAGCCUGCUGUAAGAUGAAAAACCCAUUCAAGAUAAUCACAACAGCCAGAAUAGGACCCACCACGCAUACCCUGAUGAUACUUUUCAAGAGCCUAGUCCGGAGCAAAAUAGACUACGGUCUAAUUGCGUACGGAAACGCUAGCAAAUCAAAUCUAACGCAACUAGACGUAAUAAGCCGAGCCAUUAUAAGGAUAGUACUGGGAUCCAGGUUAUCCACCCCCACGGAAAUCCUCUACGCAGAAUCAGGGACGGAGCCUAUUGGAACAAGAAGAAGAUGGCUGGCAACUAAAUACAUUAUAAACCUAGGCCAUAGACCAUACAACCCCAUGUAUACCACAGCAAAGCAGAUGCAAGAAAGCGAAAUCACCUACCCCGCAAGAAGCACCCCGAGCCUCAGAAAAGACCUAGACGCUAUGAACACCAUCGACAUACAGCCAUGGCCUGAGAUACCCCAACUACCAUCAAGCUAUAACUAUCCCCCACCAAGCAACCCAGCGAUCUGCAAGACACUAUGGUUUCCGAUGUCUAAGAAAAAAGCAAUGGAAUGCCGAAUCGAAACGGUCAACCUAUUCAAUACCCUAUCUCACAAAAUCCCGGACACAACGAUAUGUGCCUACACGGACGGCUCCCACGAACCUUCGAAGAACAUCACGACCUGCGCCGUCUACAUCCCACGCCUUAAUGUUACCAAAUCCUGGACACUAUCAAAACACUCAAGCAUAUUCACUGCUGAGUUACAAGCAAUACACCAAACCCUCCGCAUCAUAUAUGAUCUCACAGACAACCCACCGGAAAUCUUAGUGUACUGCGACUCCAGCUCCACCAUAAAAACAAUUGUAUCGAAUCAACAAUCAACGAAUGAGGCAAUAUCCCUCAUCAGAGAGACGAUAAGAAGCCUAAGAUCCAGCGGAACCCGCACGACACUAGCGUGGAUCCCCAGCCACACCGGAAUAACGGGAAACGAACGAGCGGACGCACUCGCAAACAUAGAAAGCAAAACCCCAUCCGGGGAGAGGACAGAAAACCCACUAUCACCCUCAGAAAAAGCAUCCGUGGCUAGGAAGGCAUGGGCAAACGCACAUCUUAUGGAAAUCAAACGCUGCCAGAAAGUAUGCAUACAAAUGAAAACAACAUUGAAUCUAACAAGAUGGCACUACCACAAGGAAAGAGCGGUGUCCAUAUGCCUACACAGGCCUAAGAUCUGGCCACAACUACACAAACGCCUUCAACCACAGAAUCGAUCACGAAGCGGACCCUAG